AUGUACACAGGAACCCCACUGACUCGUAAGAGAAAGGUCAAAACAGGCUGCAAGACCUGCAACCGAGUCUGUGAUGGCUAUGGAAUCUGGGGAGGUGGCGGCACUCCCUACGCACAGCCACAGAGCAACCGGGAUCUAUCAGUCUACUGCACGCCCGUGCCAGUUGGCAGUCUCAACCACGAAGAAAAUGUCUGCUUUGACUGGUUGAUUAAACGAACUAUAAAGAAAUUUGCCGGUCUAUUUCCCUCGGACUUUUGGGAGACAUUGAUCUUCCAAGCUAGCGCGCAGGAACCUGCUGUGCGCCAUGCUGUCAUUGCCUUGUCGUCUGCUCACCGGUUCGAGCAACAUGGACAGGGGACGCUUGUUGCAAACAAGGUCAAUAAAGAGCGGUUUACGCUUCAGCAGUAUAACAAGGCGAUUCAAUACCUGCGCAGUAAUAAAGCUGAUAGCAGCCAUUCGCUCCGCGUGGCGCUGAUUACGUGCAUGCUUUUCGUCACGCUGGAAUACCUACGUGGCCAGUACCAGAUGGGAAGUGCACAUCUUCGACAUGGCAUGAAGCUGCUUUCCGAUGUUUCUGUGUCGAGGCCACGAUCUACGAUGGCCCCGACUAUCCUGUGCACGGAGGGAGAUUUUGCCUACAAAGCCUUGGUCGACGCCUACUCCCGACUAGGCACUCAAUCGGCUACGUUCGGCCAUGUCCCUUCACAUAUGUGUGUCGUAACGCAAGAUCCACAGACUACGACUAUUCCCUAUAUUUUCACCUCGCCCCUAGAUGCAAGACGCACACUGGAUGAUCUCUUGAACAGAGUCCACUGCCUCGAAAGACACUAUCACGACCAUCACACAGCCGACUCACCAACAGACCACAAAGAAAUGGCCGAAACACAGAAUAAAAUCAUCACCGACCUAACCCUCUGGCGCAAAGCAUACACAUCCACCCUAUCCCGCCUCGACAACACAAAAACACGCGGCAAAGACAAAACCGGCUACCUCCUCCUCCGAGUCCACCACGAAAUGGCAACAAUAAUGGCCUCAGUAUGCCUAACCCCCUCAACCGAAGACCAAGAAUUGAUCUUCGACUCGUACACUGAAAACUUCGUAACAAUAAUGAGCUGCCUCCUGGACCUCUGGAAAACAUGGACAUCAAACAACUUCCAAGAAAAACACCUAGCAACCCUAACUGCGCAAUCAGACGACCUUAAAGCCCUUUUCCAAAACUUCAAAACAAUGUCCGACAUGAACACUAUACUCGAAACAUCCCUCCUAGAAAUCCUCGAAACAUCAGAAGACAUCACUGCCCACCUCCUCCAAACACCAUACUGCGGCGGGGCCAGCUUCACCGUCGAAGCAGGCUAUAUUCCACCGGUCUACUACACAGCAUUGAAAUGCCGUGUGCCACGGAUUAGACGGCAGGCUGUACGGACGUUGCGCGCCGCGCCGCAUCGAGAGGGGGUGUGGAAUGGGCCGCUUUUGGCUGAUGUUCUUGAGGAGAUCAUAACUAUUGAAGAGGGGGAUUUUGCCGGCUGGGAUGAGGGUUUCUGA